CGUUUUCAGGAAGCAGGAAGAGCAGGUUGACUUUUGUAUUGUUGCUGUUACACCUCCGUCUGCGGCGCAUCUCCACCACACAUCUCCCUCUCCAUCGUUGAAUAAAUGGCGGUGCCCGUGGCGAAAGCGAUAGGAGCGGGCGGAGUGGCGUCUCUGUCCCGGUUCAGGGGCGCGCUGGUCGGGGCCGUGCUCGGUGACUGUAUCGGCGGAGAGUUUGAGGGAGCCGAGGAGGUCCCCAUGGAAAACGUGCUGAAGCAUCUCAACAGUCUGGAUGACAACACAAAAGGACAUGGUAUCCUUGAGUACAGUGAUGAUACAGCAAUGGCACGCUGUGUGGUCCAGUCUUUACUCAUCCGGACCAGCUUUGAUGAGCAGGACAUGGCUCGCAGGUUUGGUAAGGAGUACAGUCUGUCUCCGGAUCGUGGUUAUGGCCCUGGAGUGAUCACCGUGCUGAAAAAGCUGUCGUCCCCCCAGCUCAGUGACGUGUACCAGCCAGCCAGGGACCAGUUCAAUGGCCGGGGCUCCUUUGGGAAUGGGGGAGCCAUGAGAGCUGCCCCUUUUGCCCUGGUUUUCCCCAAACUCAGUAAUGUUAUGAGGUUUGCCAGGCUGGGAGCCAUGCUGACCCACUCUUGCUCUCUGGGCUACAACGGAGCCGUUCUUCAGGCCCUGGCUGUCCAUCUCUCACUGCAGGGGGCGCUAGACGUGCCCCAGCAGUUCAUCGGCAGACUGAUCACGGAGAUGGAGGAGGUGGAGGCGGAUGAGGCCGCACGAAACGACGCAAGAGUCCUGAAGGAGGCAGAGAAGCCAUUUUGCGAUCGCCUCCACAGAGUGAAAGACUUGAUGGACAGGAGCAAGGUCAGCAUAGAGGAGGUCAUAUCUGAACUGGGUAAUGGCAUCGCCGCCCUCCAGUCUGUCCCCACCGCCAUCUUCUGUGUCCUGUACUGCCUGCAGCCCCAUGAGAGCCUUCCGGAGCGCUACGGAGGCCUGGAGAGGACAAUAGCUUACAGCCUGGCCUUGGGAGGGGACACAGACACCAUAGCCUGUAUGGCCGGCGCCAUCGCUGGGGCCCACUACGGCAUCGAGGCCAUUCCCCAGACCUGGAUAAAGUGCUGCGAGGGAGCCGAGGACGCCGACGUGAUGGCUGAGCACCUUCACGCUCUGUACCACCAGCUACAACGAGGGGGCGACGGCGCGACGCGGAAGCAGAGCCACGAGGGCGGAUCAGAGUGUCAGUCAAGUAUGUCAGACAGCGCAGCGAAAACGAGCAGCGAGUGAUUUCUGAACCGGGCUCGGGCUUGGACCACAGAGAGACGGGAAAAACGGUUGGACGGAUAAACACACACACAUACCACACAUGCAUACCAGUAAAGGUGUAUUUACAAAUGUUACAAGUACAUUUAUUGACUGGGUUUUUAUGACUGUGGAGAAAAUAGUUGUACGUUUGCAGCAUUAAUUUUCCUUCAAGAAAUGGAUUGCCUACUGAGUUAAUAUCCACAACUGGAACUAGUUGCUACCGAGAAAAUGCUGUCAGUGCUGGCGAGCAAAGUGUUGUGUAACUCAAUAAUGAAGGUAAUGAGAAAGAAUGGAUGAGUCAAGGAUGAAAGAGGGUCAAAAAGGUCAGCCAAGCUUUGACUUUAAAUUCAUAACUUCAACAUGAACAAAAACAAUGUACAGUUUGCACACACACACACACGCUCACACACACACACACACACACACACACACACACACACACACACACACACACACUUCAGCACAUAUAGACACAUAUACAUCAACACACCUACCACCCAUGCUCCUUAUGUUUUGUUGAACAAUCUCUUGUAAUGCUAAAGUUGCACUAUGGAUUGACUUGUUCUUUUGUCCUUUUUGAUGGAAAUAUUAUUUA